AGGAUGUGGGGAGCAGUCCCUCUGGCACGAGGAAGCACGGUGCCAUAUCUUCACCAACAUGGAUUCUAGUCAAUUAGUGGCAGGCUCUGAAAUGAAAUGUAAAAGUUUUAACUCUCAGCACAUUGCUAGCCCCUGUGGAUCCCACCAUCUUCCAAUCAAGUUCUUUCCUUCCUGAAACAAAUUAUAAUUAUGUUUAGACUUGGCCUUUGGCUUGCUCACUGCAGGUUUAUUGCAAAACCAUGUGCAGUUCAUCUUGGCAUCCAGGAGAAAGUUCCUCACCAGGCAGAUCCCAAUGCCAUCCUUGAGAAGGUAUACACAUCCAUCACCAAGUGUCCUGAUGGGAAAAGGCUAGAGGGCCUCUCAAAGCAGCUGGAUUGGGAUGUCCGAAAAAUCCAAGGCUGGUUUCGCCAUCGGAGGAACCAAGACAAGCCCCCAACACUCACUAAAUUCUGUGAGAGCAUGUGGAGGUUCACUUUUUAUUUAUGUAUAUUCGCCUAUGGAAUCCGGUUUCUCUGGUCGUCACCCUGGUUCUGGGACACCCGACAGUGCUGGCACAGAUACCCCUACCAGCCUCUCACACCGGGCCUUUACUACUACUAUAUCAUGGAACUGGCCUUUUAUUGGUCUCUUAUGUUUUCUCAAUUUAUAGACAUUAAGCGAAAGGAUUUCCUAAUCAUGUUUGUGCAUCAUCUGGCCACCAUUGGACUCAUCACCUUCUCCUAUAUCAACAACAUGGUACGGGUGGGAACACUGGUCAUGUGUCUGCAUGACUCCUCAGACUUCCUGCUCGAGGCAGCCAAAUUGGCCAACUAUGCCAAGUAUCAGCGGCUUUGUGACACAUUUUUUGUGGUAUUCAGUGUCAUUUUUGUGAUCACUCGCCUUGGCAUCUAUCCAUUCUGGGUCCUGAACACAACCUUGUUUGAGAGUUGGGAGAUGAUUGGACCUUAUCCCUCCUGGUGGCUCUUCAAUAGCCUUCUCCUAGUCCUACAGGUUCUCCACAUCAUCUGGUCCUAUCUGAUUGCUCGAAUUGCCUGCAAGGCCCUGGUUCGAGGAAAGGUAUCAAAGGAUGACCGAAGUGACGUGGAAAGCAGCUCAGAAGAGGAAGAUGUGCCCACUGGCAACAAGAAGCAUCCAUAUGAUGGCAAUUCCAGUAAUGGGGCCAACCAAAUCAAUGGUCACCUGAGAAACAAUUGCUGGGCACAAGAGUAGGGCAGGCUGACACGGAGGCCCGAGGACACGUGAACUUUCAGGGUCACUGGCAGCCUGCUCCCCGUGUCCUGUUUUCCCACUCAUAGCCCCACUCUUGGGUAACAGACCCACCAGGCACUGAGGAAAAAUCAUGAAGCAAACAUUUUCACUUUUUUAAAAACUCUGCCAUUUUGUAUUUAAUAACUUCCUCGUCCAUAAUGUUAUUUGCCGUGUGCAUAUGUGUGUGCGUGUGUAUGUGUGCGCGUGCUUUUUGUGUGUGUAUAUACAUCAUGUGUGGUUUGGUGGGUUGGGGCACAAUUCUGGACUGGACUUCUGAGCUCUGCCUUGCCCCUUCACCCCCAAUUUCAAGUCUGGCUGCAUUCCUAGAUCAUGUUGACUUGGCCUGGACAAGCACUCCCACCUUCAUUGCUGCUUAUGGCUCCGGCCGCUUGGACUUUCUGAAUAGAGCAGCCAAGCUCAGCCCAUUUUCUGCACUGAAGCUGAUGACAGUUCUGUUGGGACAAAAGAACUCUAGAUGGAUGGCCAGAGUGUGCCGUGGCCUUUGGCUGGACUCUAUGUCUACCAACCUCUUUCUUCCCCCUCCCCAGCAGCAACAGCACCUGCUGAUAUCCUGCUCAUUACUCAAUGGUACUUGGGGGUGGGCUGAUGUUGGGGGAGAGCAGCAGCCACGGGGGCAGUUGUUACCAUUUUAUAUCAUUGUUUACUCUUUUCUGUGAUUAAAAGUGCUUCAGCCCUC